AUGGCUGCCGCCGAUGUGUUGGUGUUUAAUCAACACGGGACGAAAUGCACAGAAUGGCCAGCUCCGAGGCGAUCAAGGGGAAAUGGUUGGGAUGAGCGCAGUCUGCAGGCCCGGCUGCAGCUUAUUUCUCGAGCUUGGAUCGUUCGUAGAGAGCAUCGUUCGUCCUCCACCUGCACAUCACAGCCGGGCAGACCACUAAUCGUGCCCAACCUGUUCCCGCGGUGGCUCUCUCGACAUCAUGCAAGACCUGCAGCGACCUCUUCUGUCUAUCAUGUCACAAAACCUCGCCACGCCGAUUCGCUUGCUCGCCGAGAUGCACCACGCGCCGAGUCUCAUCAGCCGUCCCCACACCCGGCCCAAUCGACGCAGCGCAGGCGAUCUCGAUCUAGCUUCCUCGACGAUCCGAUUCUCGAUGUAACAAUUGAUUUCACUUCUGAAGAUGGCUUUGUUCGCUGCAAAGGCAAGAAGAAUAAAAACAAAGGAGGGCACAACGGCAACGGCAACGCCAACAACCACAACAACAACCGGUCUGCGGAGGGGCCAUCCAAGGAAGGUAGCCAGAACCCCGAAGGAAAUGGCGGUGGGGAGCAGGGUGGUAGUGGUGGUGGUAAUGCAGGCCAGGGCGGAGCUGCAGGUGACGGGAGUAAUGCUGGUGGUGGCGGUGAUGGGGACAAGGAUAGUGACCGGGGUGCAAACAAUGACAACGCGGAACAUGAUUUGUCGGCGCCUCCCAAAGGCAGCGAAAAGGAUACCAAGACCAAAAAGGGCCCUGAGACCGAGUCUCCUCCUCCCGCAACCAACGCGAUCGACGACGACUCUCUUGACGACGUAAAUCUCAACGACGACGCUGGGAAAAAUUCCGAUUCUGGGUCGCACGCGCACGAGUCCAAGAGUGGGUUUGGGGCCUGGGGUAGUAAAUUUGUAUCGUUUGUUGGUGCUGCCGCCAGCGGAUCCUCGAGUGGUAACGAUGCCCAUACCGACGCUGGCGACAAAAGCAACAACCCCGAUAGCAAUCCUUGGACCGCCAGCGACUCAAUACACUCCAGCUCUCUAGCAUUUUUAGUCGCCGAUACCGAUGCGACACAGAGGAAGGCCCAUAACAAAGCAGAGGCCCCUCAUGAUGCGAUAGAUGAGGAUGAUGACCCGUGGGGAUAUCCAUCCAAGAAAAAGAGUAACAAGGUCAAUCGCGCACCCGGUUUCAGUGCUGCGCAUACGGCGCCAACAGUGAAUGACGACCUCGCCAAAGGCGACGUUGGAAAGACAAGCGACAAGAAAGCAAGCGACACAUCAGUUGAAGACCAAGUAAAACCAGAUCUCAUGCCGGUCAAGGGGGCGUCCAAGGCCGAGGAGAAAGAGGAGGGUUGGUCGUUCUGGGGACUUGGAAAGAAUAAAAAGAAAGCCGAGGAGAAUGUCAAGCAGUAUGAGCAACAAGUGCCCCCGCCGCCGCCGCCUCCCCCAGCGCCACCUCCACAAAUCGCAGCUCAGGAAGCAGCUCUUCUCCAGGAGAAUGUGUGGGACUCUGUCCCUGCCUCAAAGGAAAAGAAGAAGAAGAAGAGCGACAAACUAGCGCAGCCUGUUAUAUCUGUGCCAGCAGCUGAGCCUAAAUCUAGGCUUGAGCCUAAACUCGAAUCGAAGUCGAAGAUUCCACAGCCAGACGAGGAAUGGGGUUUCUCUGCCGCCAAAAAGACAGUCAAAAAGGAGAGGGAAGGGGAGAAGGACAAAGACAAAGAUAAGAAGAAGUCGAAACUUGCGACAUCUGACGAACCAAUUUCAGAAAAACCCUCAUCGCGUAUCCCUGAGCCUAAACAGAAGCGUCUAAAUGGCGACGAGCUUUUGGGAAACGCUGGUGCCAAAGACAGAGAAGGCAACAUUGACCCAGAUGAAGCAAAUGACUCAGCCAAAGGGAGGAAUUCCGACGAGAACCAAGAGGGCUGGAGUUUUUGGGGCUUCGGGGGUAAGAAAAAUGACUCUGUUACCGGGUCCGGCACGGAUCAACCAAGAGAAGGAUCGUCCAAGGCAGAUACGCAAAGCCCCAAGUCUUCUGGAGACCUCAUCGAAGAGACGACAAUCAAAAAGGACAGAGACAGGGACAAAGACAAGGAUCAGGAUAAAGACAAGAAGAAGAAGAAGAGUUCAACUUCUGACCCCUCCAAGGGUGAAUCCAAAUCCGCCAAAUCCAAGAACGAAGAAGAUGCCAAGAAGGACAAGAAGAAAGGAACCACCGAUUUGGUCAAGCUGGGCGCCCUAGACAACGCACCUGCAGAUGACUCUAACAACAUAGGACUGGACGGGGGGGACACAUUUGGUAGCGAAGGUUUCUUCGGCUCUUGGGGUAUCGGCAAGAGUGAUAAGAAGCGACGAGACGUUGACGAAUCGUCGUGGAAACCCGAUGUCAUUGAAGAGCCAACCGACCGCACCUCGGCCCAGGACAAGAAGAAGUCUAACUUCAGGGGUGACCCUGUUGAGGUUGUGGAUGAGACCACCGGUGAGAUUGUCCUGCCUGACGCCGUAGAGGAGGUUAGGAGUAGCAAGGUCGAAGGCGUCGACAGCUAUGUCUGGACAAAGUCCAACAAGGCAAAGUCGAAAUCUCGGAAUGAGGCCUUAGCUGAUCCACCUCCCCGUGCUCCCACUCCCCCUUCAAUGCACCUUACUGAACCUGAAGAUGAAGCAGGAGAUCCCCAUGCCGCCGCGUCAAAGCUCAAGCCGAAUGACAAGGAAGCGGAUAGGGCGCUAUCUAGGAUACCAAGGCUGACCGACAAAGACCUCAAGAAGCUCGAGAAGGAAAAGAAGAAGGCCGAAAAGACCGACAGGGAAGCCAAGGAAGCCGACGAACGAGCCCGUCAAGAAGAAGAGCAAAGGGCACAAGAGCUUGCCGCUCGUGAGGCAGCAGAGAAAGCCAGACUCGAGGAGGAAGCUGAGGCUGCUGAGGCUGCCAAAGAGGAGGAGGAAAUGUCUGCCUUGAAUACGAAGAAGGCCAGGCGGGGCAAGUUAAUCAGGAAAGAUCAAGAAAGACUUACACUCCUGGAAGAGAAUGCCACUAUCCGAGCCGAGAAACGAGCUGCGCGGGAAGCCAAGGCACGGGAAGACGAGGAACGGGCCGCCCAGGAGCAAGCAGCACGAGAGGCUGAGGAGCAAGCAGCUCGGGAAGCCGAGGAGCAAGCAGCACGCGAAGCAGCAGAACAAGCAGUCAUCAUAUCUGAAGAGCAAGCGGAAAUGAAGGCAUUGCUCACGAAAAGGCUCAAAAAGGGCAAGCUGCCUAAAAAGGAGGAAGAAAGACUCGUCCGUCUCCAGGAAAACGCCUCGAAACGCAAAGAACGUGCCGCUCGCGAAGCGCAAGACAAAGCCUCAAAGGAGGCCGAAGUGCAGCAAGAGGCAGACGAGCCGCAGGCCGAGCCUGAUGAAGAACCUGAAGACACCAAGGCUGCAGCAGCCGAGGCGGUAGAACGUGAAAGCGACCACGAAGAGCAUAAACAGCAAGCCGCACGUGAGGCUGAGGAACGUGCUAUCCGCGAAGCAGAAGAGCGCGAAGCAGCCACCAUCAAAGAGGAGGAGACUGAAAUGACAGCGUUGCUGGCAAAGAAAGUCAAAAGGGGCAAGCUCCUUAAAAUGGAAGAACAAAGACUUGUUACCCUCCGAGUGAACGCCGCAAAACGAGAGAAAGAACGAGCAGCACGCGAAGCGGACCGAGUAGCACAAGAAGCCGCACGAGCAGCCGAGGAAAAGGAGCGUGCCGCUCGAGAAGCGGAAGAGCAAAUUGCUCGCGAAGCUGAAGCUGCUGCCCAGGAAGCCGCCCGCCAGGAGGAAGAACGCGCUCGUGAAGCUGAGGAACAGGCCGCCACCAUCGUCAAAGAAGAAGAGGAACUGGCCGCUUUAAUAGCAAAGAAGGCUAAAAAGGGCAGUAAACUCCUUAGGAAAGACGAAGAAAGGCUCGCUACACUUCAGAAAAAUUCUACAAAGCGGGCAGAUGAGCGAGCAGCCCAGGAAGCUGAGCAAGCCGCCCGUGAAGCAGAAGAGCUUGAGCGUGAAGCCAAGGAACAAGCUGCUGCUAUUGCAAUAGAAGAGGAGGAACUCGCCGCCCUAGAACUCAAGAAGAGUAAAAGAGCUGGCAGACUCCUUAGGAAAGACGAAGACAGGCUGGCUAUCCUUCAAGCUAGCGCUAAAAAGCGAGCGGACGAGCGAGCUGCCCAAGAAGCUGAACAGGCUGCCCGGGAAGCACAGGAGCAAGCCGAGCGCGAAGCCGAACAGGCGGCCAAGGAAGCUGAAGAACGGGCUGCCCAGGAGGCCGCAAAGGCUGCAGAGGCUGCUGCAAUUGCCAAAGAAGAGGCAGAAAUCGCCCAAUUAAUCGAUAAGCGAGAUAAUUCCUUUUUGGGCAUCAAUAAGUCGGGAGAGCAAAGGUUAAAGCUCCUCCAGGAGAAGGCCAAAAAGCGGACUGAAGAACAAGCCGCCCGUGAAGCAGCUAUCGAAGCGGAGCGAGCCAAGGAAGAAGCUGAGCGUCUCGCUCGUGAAGCCGAAGAACAGGCCGCUCGUGAAGCUGAGGAAGCAGCCAAGGAGGCCGAGCGGGCAGCCAAGGAAGCCAAGGAGCGAGAAGCUCGAGAGGCCAGGAAGGCUGCCGCCAUUGCUAAAGAGGAAGAGGAGCUAGCUUACCUCCUCGACAGGAAGGCCAAGGCUUUCAAAGGGAAACGUCCAAAUUCUCAAGAAGAAAGACUAAUCGACCUUCAAGCCAACGCCACGAGACGAGCUCAAGAGAAGGCAGCUCGCGAAGCCGAAGAACAGGCAGCUCGCGAAGCGGAGCAGGCAGCCAGAGAAGCUGAACAAGCAGCUAAAGAAGCCGAAGAACUUGCCGCCCAAGAAGCAAAGAAACUCGCCAUAAUUGCGGAAGAGGAGAAGGCAUUGGCACUAUUGCUUGAGAAAAAGGCCACUUCAAAGCUUUCAUCUAAAGGAGAAGAAAGGCUCAAAAUACUUCAGGCCAAGGCUGCAAAACGGGCGGAGGAGAAAGCUGCUCAGGAGGCCGAAGAACAAGCUGCUCGGGAAGCUGAGCAAGCAGCUAAAGAAGCCGAAGAGCAAGCCGCCAAGGAAGCAGAAGAGGCUGCCGCAAUCGCCAAAGAGGAGGAAGAACUGGACUAUCUUCAGAAGAAGAAAGCUCGAUCAUAUAAAGGUCAACUGCUAAAUGGAGCAGAAGAGAGAUUGGUCGAACUCCAGGCUAACCACCAACGGCGUGCCGAUGAAAAGGCAGCUCGAGAAGCUGAAGAGCAGGCUGCUAGGGAAGCUGAAGAGCGAGCCGCCCGGGAGGCUGCCGAAGCUGCCGAGAUCGCUGCUGAAGAGGAAGAACUUGCCCUCUUACUGAAAAAGAAGACUAGUUCGUCCAAAAGCCUGUCAAGUAAAUCAGAGGCAAGGCUGGCUGAACUCCAAGCCAAUGUCCAACGGCGUGCCGAUGAAAAAGCAGCCCGAGAAGCCGAGGAACAGGCUGCUAGGGAAGCCGAAGAGCGAGCUGCUCAGGAAGCUGCCGAAGCUGCAGCGAUUCUUGCAGAAGAGGAAGAACUUGAUUAUCUUUUGAAAAAGAAAGCCAGUUCACACAAGGCUCUGUCAAGUAAAACAGAGGCAAGGUUAAAUGAACUGCAGGCUAACGCCCAACGACGCGCCGAUGAAAAAGCAGCCAGAGAAGCUGAAGAGCAGGCUGCUAAGGAAGCCGAGGAGCGAGCUGCUCAGGAAGCCGCUGAAGCUGCUGCAAUCGCUGCUGAAGAGGAAGAACUUGCCCUUCUGCAGAAAAGGAAAGCUGCUUCAUACAAAGGCCUGCCAAGCAAAUCAGAGCAAAGGUUGAUUGAACUGGAGGCCAACGCAGCAAGACGGGCUGAAGAGAAGGCUGCUCGAGAAGCUGAAGAACAGGCUGCUCGAGAAGCUGAGGAAGCAGCCAAGGAAGCCGAGGAACAGGCCGCUCGGGAAGCAAAGAAGGCUGCUGAGAUUGCCGCAGAAGAGGAAGAAUUGGCUCUUUUACUUAAGAAGAAGACCAGUUCGUUCAAAAGCUUGUCGAGUAAAUCAGAGCAAAGGUUGAAAGAAUUGCAAGCAAAUGCGGCAAAGCGAGCGAAAGAGAAGGCUGAUCGAGAAGCUGCAGAAGCUGCAGAACAGGCUGCUCGAGAAGCUGAGGAAGCAGCCAAAGAAGCAGAAGAGCGGGCCGCUCAGGAGGCCCUAGAAGCAGCUGCAAUCGCUGAAGAAGAGGAAGAAAUAGAGCGACUCCUUGACAAGAAGCACAACUCAUUUAUGGGCUUAUCAAGCAAAUUAGAGCAGCGACUGAACGAGCUCCAGGCGAAAGCUGCAGAGAGAGCGGCCCGUAAGGCCGAAGAACAGGCUGCAAUCGAAGCAGAGCAGGCUGCCAAGGAGGAGGCCGCAAUUGCCGAAGAGGAAAAAGAAGUAGCCGACCUGCUUCGUAAGAAGGAUAAGAAAGGUAAACUAUCGAAGAAAGACGGCGAACGAUUGUCUCAUCUUCGAGCCAAGGAGGCCAAGAGGAAGGAAGAGCAAGCCGCGCGGGAAGCUGAGCUGGCUGCCAACGCCAAUCAAGAUAGUGAAGACGAUAGUGAUGAAGCGGCUGAUGAUGCUAACGACAAUGAUGACGACGAUGUCGACGCUGAUGACGACAAUGAUAUUGAUGCCGAUGACGACGAAGAAGCCAUUCGAGCGGCCGAAGAAGAACAAGCUGCCCGUGAGGCCGAGGAGCAAGCUGCCCGCGAAGAAGAAGAGAGGGCAGCUCGAGAGGCCGAAGAGAAGGCUGCUCUCGAGGCUGAAGAGGCCGCGAGGAAAUUGAAGAAGAGCUCCAAGAAAGACAAGAAGGAAAAGGACGACAAGAAGGAUAAACGAGACAAGAAGGACAAGAAAGACAAGAAGUCUCGGGAUCUCCCAUCCGAAGGCGAGGCAGAGCCGAGUACAGAGCAGAAAGCGGAGACAGGGGCCAAGCCAGAUCCUGACUUUGACAUGAGCCCUGCCGAGAUAGAGGAGCUACUUGCACCUAAAGAAACGGGCGCGGCGGGCGCGUUCAGCUUCUGGGGUCUCGGCGGCAGCUCCAAAAAGCCAAAGCCACAAGAGGAACCAGAGACAAGAUCAGCUGAUAAUGCAUCUCAAAAAUCCUCGGAACAGCCACGCUCUCUGGGCGGCAGAAUCGCUAUCGGCCUCAAGGCUUUCCAAGAAGCACCGGAAGAAGUAGCUCGUCCCACCCUCCCACCAUCCCCACCACCAGCAUCAGACUCGGAUAACGAAGUGAAACCCGCGGAUCGAUAUGGAAGAAAAGCGGCAGAUGAUGAACGAGUGGCCAAGAAAGAACUAGCAGCUAACGUUGAACAGGCGGUCGAAGAUUUGCAGUAUGGAGAUGACGUGGAAGAACCACCUGUCACCAAGAAGGAGUCCUCACGAGAAGAUCGUACCAGGAGAAGGAAAAAGGCUGAAGAGCCGAUCAUCGCACAAGACAGAGACCUGCCUAGGAGGCAUCGGAGAGAGUCGGAUGUUCCAGGCACGUUCCCUGACGAUGAUGAUGAAAACGAGAUAAUUGCCAUCGUCGACGAAGCACCAAGGAAGGAGAGGAAGAGUAAGAAACGCCGACCAAGAGAGGAGGAUAUAGUGGUACCGCCCCCUCCUCCGCCAAUGGCCCCGAUGCCUCCUCCCCCUCCUCCUGCUCCGCCUGCAGUUCCCGAUCCGCCUUUGACGCCGCCGCCGGAGCCGAAGUCAUCCAGGAAAGAAAGGUCGAGAUCUAGCCGAGAAAAGGAAAAAUGGCCAGCGGUGGAAUCCCCUCCUCGCAGAGAAAGGGAGGAGAAGAGAUCGUCAAAGCACAAGUCAGAAAAGUCUUCCAGACGAGCAGUGGAAAAGACAUCUUCCAGGGACUCCGCUUCAGAGAGGGUAGAACAACUGGACAGACCACCCAGGUCCUCGAGGCACAGACUCAGAUCAAUGUCUACACAAGAAAAGGAGAAGCGGCCAUCUGGUAUGAAUGGUAGCAGCAAGCCUUCCAGGAGACAUUCCAUUGGCAAUCACGGUCUUGCUUCUCCACCUCCAGAGGAAGUUCCCGACGUAACGUCAAAGGCGGCUAAAAUUCUCGGUUUCGACAAGUCAAGCUCAAAGAGAAGAUCUCGCAAGACGAACCUCCAGGAGGAUGAGGACAUUAUUAUGACGGGUGCUCUCGACGCCGAUGUCCACGUGGCUCAGCCGCAUGAAAGACAUCGAAGCGCAAGAUCUCGUGACGAGGAAUUCAUCACAACGGAUCCCCCAAGUCCCGAACAGACAGGCAGACGGCGAGGAGCCUCGCUCUCGAAGAAGACAGGAUUGUCUGGGCUUUUCAGCGGCUUCAUGACACCCAGAGCUUCUAAAGUUGAGACAGGUGUAGAGUUUGAUAUACCCGUGGUGGACACUGAUCGAGAAGGCCCACGGGUAUCAAGCCGAAAGACCAGGAAGACGGAGCGAGAAGCAGAGCGCCCUGCUGAUGACCGUGAACGGCGACGAAAGCGCAGAGACGACAGCGAGACUCGCAAGCUUGAAGAAAAGGAAGCUCGCCGCGAACGACGUGCCGCUCGUCAUCGCGAAGAAGAGGAGCGUCGCGCAGCCGAAGAUCGGGAGGCUCGAAAAGCCGAAGAUCGAGAAGCUCGAAAGGCUGAAGAUCGAGAGGCUCGAAAGGCCGAGCGGCAUCGCCUUCGCAAAGAAAGGGAAAGGGAGAAGGAGAGGGAGAGGGAGAUGGAGGAAGAGGCGCUGAGAGCAUCUAAGCGCCAGCGGCGUAGAUCCCAUCCAGAUCCAUUUGAGGAUGAAGCCGCCGAGCGACAGCGUAGACGUGAGGCAAGGCGUGCUGCAAAAGCUGCUGAGGAGGAAGCGGCGGCGGCGGCUGCAGCAGCAGCAUAUGACAGGCCGAGAAAAGCCAGCCGACGACAUACGGAGCCGGUGAUGGAUGACCACGUCUAUCCGGCCAAGGAACGUCGACGAGACGGCAAGAGAGCGCCGGUGACAACGUGGCCACACUCCGGGACGUCGUCCUGGGUCAAGGAGCAUUCGGACCCCCCUCCGCAUCUGGAUGAUGCCGGACAUACAACAGAUGCGGCGCCGUACAUGGAAGACGACGAGCUAGCCCGGCGCGAGGCCCGGCGCGCACGGCGGAAAGCCAAGUACGAAGAAGCGCCUGUGGAGGAUGCAGACGAGAGACGCCGCCGAGAGAGGCGAGAACGAAGAGAGCGAGAGAAGCGCAAUGGCGCAUCAGACGGAAGCGAUGAACGUCAUCGCAGUCGACGAGAAUCUGCAGCCGCUGAGCAUCAGCCUCGAAGCAGCUGGUGGCGAAGAUUUGGAUGA